CCUUGUGGAUAAAGUAGCUUAGUGAGAUGACAGCGGGAGGAAGCAGCGUUAUAGCGACUCAUUGACUCUCAUCGCUCCGCCAUUACCAUAUGCACUGUAUCAGUUAUCGAUUAGUUGAUGGAUGAGACUGAUGGCGGCUUUCUUGCGGCUUUUUUUUAAGACUGUGCAGGCUAGCUGAGCUGAGCUGAGCUGAGCUAGAGUGGCUCAUUGGCGAUGGUCCGGAGUCCUUCAGAAUAAAAGCCCGAGAUGGAAAACUGCGAUGUGGAGGACGAUGUUGUUGAAACACCUGAGCUGCCUCUGGAGAUCAUAGUUUACAUCCUGAGCUUUCUUGAUGCUUCAGACAGGAAGGAAGCCUCGCUGGUCAGCCGCAGAUGGUACAGCGCCAGUCAGGACGCGCGCUUUCAGAAGAACAACACCUUCUGCUUCCCGGCCUCAGCCUCGGCCCUGGAGCUGAUCCGGGGUCUGGGCAGAAGGUCACGCUGCAGUCUGAUCAUCACACAGCUCGAUGGGUUGAGUAUGUCCAGAACGCUGCUUCAGGAGGUAGGACUGUGCUUGGGUCCUAAUUUGGAGAGCUUGGCCCUGCCUGGUAGCAGCAUAACAGAGGCCUCUCUGCUGGCCCUCCUCCCUCACCUCACCUCCCUCCGCAGGCUGGACCUCGGGGGCCUGGACAGCCUCUUCAUGUCCGGGGCUUUCCUCUCCAGGGAGGAGCACAGGCAGCAGGUCAGGUCAGCUCUGUCUGGCCUGGAGGAGCUGGGACUGUCCGACCUGCGCUACCUCUCCGACCUCACCUUCAGUCGGCUCACCGGCUGUACCCCGCGCCUCCGCCGCAUCUCGCUGGCCGGCUGCCAUAUUGCUUUUGAGUUUGACCCGUAUCGAGGGUGCCCGGUGGGAGCUGUUGAGGAUUCGUCCGCAAUGCUGUCGCUGAGGAACUUGCGGAGGUUCUUAACAGAGCAGAAAUCUACCCUUGUAGCUCUGGACCUCAGCAGAACCUCCAUCACCCCUGAGUCUCUACGCACCAUUGCACAGGUUAAGGAUUUGGUCCUAGAAGAACUGUUUCUGCAUGACUGUAAGGAGCUGACCGACUACUCAGUGGAGAUUCUGGUGAAGCACCAGCCAAGCAUCCAGAGACUGGACAUGAGUGCCUGCACUUCGCUGACCAACAGGUCUGUACUGGCCAUAGCACGGGGCCUGACACUGACACACCUCUGCUUGUCCCGCGACUGGAGGAUCACUGAAUCAGGCCUCGCUGAACUUCUGUCUGUGUCGUCCCUGAAGAGUCUGGAUCUGUCUGUGUGUCUGCACAUCAGCGGGACAGAGAUAGUGAAAGGCUUGACGGGAUCCAGCACCAGACCACAGCUGGAGACACUCAUACUCAAGAGCUGCACCUACAUUAGGGAUCUCGCAGUUUUCUCUCUCACCCAGCUUCUUGGGGACACUCUCCGUGAGCUAGACUUGACGUCAUGUAUUGAUGUGACUGACCUGUCUGUGCGCUCUAUAGCCACCUUCCUGCGGAGGCUGGUAGUUCUGCGGCUCGGCUGGUGUAAAGAAGUCACAGACUGGGGGCUGCUGGGGAUGGAGGAAACGACCACAUGUGACCGUGACCAGCAGACGGGGGACAAGGGUCUCAGCUUCACCCGGACCUUUGGCAACAUGGGCUUUUUCAAGCCUCCUUGUCUGCCGUUCGAAGAGCGACCCAAGGUGGUGACACAGAAUGACCUGGAGCAGUUCAAACAGCAGGCUGAAGUUUCACUUUUAGCCCUCAACAGGCUGCAGGAGCUGGACCUCUCUGCCUGCCUCAAACUCACUGACAGCAGCAUCACACAGGUGGUGCGUUACCCAGACCUCCGCCAACUGUCUCUCUCCAUGCUGCCGGAGAUCACCGACGCCAGCUUGGCAUCGGUAGCCAGGCACUGCCGCAGCCUCACCAGCCUGUCCGUCAGCCACUGCCCGGGUGUCACUGACCGCGGAGUGGAACAGGCUGUGCCGUAUCUGCACAGACUGCAGCAUCUCAACCUCUCCAGUUGUAAUAUCACUGACAGAUCCUUGCUCUGCCUGGUGCAGCACUGUCGCCGUCUGCGAACACUCGACAUCUCAAGGUGCAAAAACAUCUCGGCAACAACUGUGCACCUCCUCCAAUCACAGCUGCCCAUCUUGGAAAACGUCCACUACAAACUAACUGAUCCGCACUUCCUAUAACUUAACCUGCUGACCAAAGCCUGCUCCGUGAGUUCAACUUUUUUGCACAAGAACUGAAGGGAAUGUUGAAAAGUGAAAACACACUCAUCACUGAGGGUAUGGGUUUGAUUUUAAAGUCAGGCAUUUCAAAGUGCUUUGUCCAUUUAUGUUAAAAUUAGUGGAAAUCCUGAAUACUUGUAAUAAGAAUGUGGAGCUAGAUGUCACCCUAACCAGUAAAAACAGCAUCUCAGAAAAUGUUUUUAAUAUAUCACAAUAUGACAAAAUGCAAUAUCAUCUUCUUUAUUUUUACCAUAUUGUGCAGCUUUAAUUUACAUAACAUAGGUUUUUUUUUUAUUCUUAAUAAUAUAUAUAGUAGUGUAAUUUAUAUACUGAAUCAUUAGGAACUAAUGGGACUCAACUUGAAAGAUGCACUGUGGAAUAAUUCUUACAUUUAGUCCACAACUAAUGACAUAAAUGAUAUUCCAAUUUUCUCCUUUGUUUUGGGCUCUAAAACUUCCUUUUAAAUGCUCUCGCUUGAUUUUUUUUUUUUUAAUAUCUCAUAUCGACAUAACAGGAAAUAUGUUUUUAUUUAACAAUCAUUUCUGUGUUGAUACCAUUGGUUGAUACAGUAGAAGUAAAGACAGGAUGUGAAGUGAAAUAGUGGUCCUCAAAUACUAAUCAGAUAAAGAUACAGCUACGGUGAUUUAUUUUGCACAGUGUCUUUCAGAAGAUGGAGAUUUGCCUUUUAUUUUUGCUGAUGGAAGUCAGCAGCGUCCCUGCAUGUGCUGCAUUCACGGUACUUAGUUUUAAUUAUUUAAGGGUUGUCUGAAAACUGCCGGCGUUAUCAGGAGAGGAAAUCAUAACAUCACAACAGUUUUUCAUUGGAAAUCUCUGAACAUUUGCUGUUAUUACUGGAUACAAAAACACAAGCAAACUAACUUGAAUUCAUCUGAAGGACCAUCUGUUGGCCAACCACUGUAGCCUAAUUGAAGAAAUAUCCCUUUACACUGCAUAACCAUGGUUGAAUAAUUGUACUGUUCUAAUACUGUAUGAGUCACUGUGACGGAGGGAGACUGUAAAGAUAAAAAAACAAGGAUAAAAAGAUGUCGAUUUUAUAAAUAAAACCAAAAGUACAGACAUGCUUUGUUUGUUUUUUAACUGUUUAUUCAUGUGAAGUCACCCAAAGCACAUGAUUCAAAGUGAAUGUUAUCACAGAGGGUUGUGUGUCAGGGAUGCACUGCAGAGGACUGAAAUAAUAAUCCAAAAAAAAAAAA